AUGCCGGAGAAAGUCCUCAUUGUGGGACCUGUCAACGGUCGCUUGACGGAAUUGAUAUCAAAGGUAUCUGCAAUUCAGUCGAAGCAUGGACCCUUUGCAGCACUGUUCAUCCUCGGCGAUCUGUUUCACCCUUCUCCGUCGGAAUCAGCUCUUCAGCAACAAUCUAACGUCUUCGAGGGCACACUUCGGCUUCCAAUACCAACGUACUUCUACCAAGGAUCUACUCCACCUCCUCAAUCUCUAGCGGAAAAGAUCGCGGCAGCAUCCAAACAAGCACAGAAGGAUGUUCCACAAGGCCUGGUCAAGUUGACAGACAACUUGUUCUUUGCAACGGGAAAGAGUGGAGUAUUCGAAACUCCAAGCGGGUUCAAAGUUGCGUUCGUCGGAGGUGUCUGGGACCCAAGCAGAUUCGCGCAGGAUCUCGAGGCGGACGGUGUGCAAUUUGACCCGGAAACAUGGUACGAGUCCGACCUUCAACGAGCGCAAGACGGAGCAACCGCGCACAUCACUCCGACUACAAUUCAUCGUCUGCUAGCGCAUCCCUCUUUCCGCCUACCUUCCACAUCGUCUGCGAGCACCAAUGGCACCUCAUCCUCAGCAUCAAGUGCCAAACCAGGAACACUCGCCGCAGCUCGAGCUCUGGCGUCGGCAGACCAGGCAAGGGCGGCAGCACAGACCGCCGCACUCGACAUGUUGACCUCUCGACCACCGAUCGAUCUUCUGCUCACCAACUGCUGGCCGACGGGAAUCACCCUGUUCUCCACACCCUCUACACCGGCGGAUCCUUCAGGUGGGCUGCCGGAUCCCACCGCGAGGAUGUGGGGUUCGCCGGCGAUCGCCCGUCUUGCAUCCCACGCCUGUCCUCGCUACCAUUUCUCCCUCGCCCCUUCUCCUUCGCCAGACGACGAAACCAAUGCGAGCGUGCCGAUCGGAAUUGAGAAAGAGACGCUCGAUAUGGGUGCGUUCUGGGAACGUGCGCCGUACACCACCAGUCUCUCCUCGUACCUCUCAGCGCAACAGCAGCAGCAGCUCCAAUCUACGCCAGCCGGUCGAAAGCGACUGGAAGGGUUGAAAGCGGUAACACGCUUCGUGUCCUUGGCCAAGUUCGCCAAUGAAAAGAAGAAGAGGUGGUUCUUGGCGUUGAAUCUCACACCGGCCAAAGAGCAGCAGCAAUUGACGGUUCCUGCGAACGCUACGCAGACGCCGUAUUCUCUGCCCUCCGCGCACCGCGGGGAUGGUGGAGGAGCGAACGGGAAACGAUCCCAGCAGGACGGUGGACUUGAUCAAGGACCGAAUUAUCGGUUUCAAGAACCCAGAAACAAACGUCAGCGAGCAGAAGGCGGAACGAGCGAAGACGUCCCCCCACCAGGCUACGUCUGCCGCAUCUGCAACGUCGAGGGCCACUACAUCCGCCUAUGCCCUCUCAAGCAAUCGUCCGAUCCCGCCACCACCUCCUCUACCCCAUCUCUGCCCUCUCUUGCUCCCGACAACAGCGAUCCACCGAAACAACGAUGGACGAAAUCAACCAUGCCACUUCCACCAGGCUUACCUUCCAAACCCGCCUUCGCACAGCACGCUCCCCGCGCCGGUUCCGCUCGUCAGAUGAUCCCCGUCGGACCCUCCAACUGCUGGUUCUGCCUCUCCAAUCCUGCGAUCGCCAAGCAGCUCAUCAUUACCAUCUCGGCGGACUCCUACCUCGUCUUUCCCAAAGGUCCCUUCGUCCAUCCUACGAUCAACGACGUCCCGCAUUCAGCAGCGCACCUUCUCAUCGUACCUCUGGCGCACACGAGCAACCUCUUACCCCCGACGCACCCGGUCCUGUCCUCUUUCUCGAGAGAGGAAUUGGAUGCAGAGGAGAGGGAGAGGACGAGACGCGAGAUGGAAGAAACAAAGUCGAGUCUGAGGGGUUUGUGGGGGAGGUCGAGACAUGUGAUGUUGGAAUGGACGUUGGUGAGGGUGAGGACGAGCAGUAGGAUGACGCAUUUUCAGACGCAGUGUUUGGCACUUUUGAGUCAGGUUGUGGAGGACAGGGGAGUGGUCAAGGCGCUAGAUGACGGGUUGGAAGCAGUGGCUGGUGAGAAGGAAAUCUUGAGGAAUUCGGACGAGGUGAGCUCGUACUUCAGGCUAGCGAUCACGGCUGGGGAAGAAGAUGCCGAGGAACAGGAUGGAUACUUUCACAUGGUUUUGCAUGCCGACAGCAGGAAGGAAUGGCUGGUACCGCUGACGACCGCGUCCAGGUUCCCAGUCCAGUUCGUCAGGACGACAUUGGCGGAUGCGUUGGAAGUGCCGGAUCUGGCUGAUUGGAAAGCCGCAGAGGCCCAACAGAAACAAACCGAUCAGCAGGACGGGCUGGAUGAGGGCGAGAGGGAAAAACAACGCUCGGCAGGAUUUAGGGCGCUUUUGCUAGGUUCAUGA